CUAUCAAACAUGUUUCCAACACUGGAAACGAGACUUUUCAUCAACAACGAGUUUGUUGAGUCCAAGAGUGAAGAGACCUACAAACUAUACAAUCCAGCCACGGAUGAGUUUGUUGCCGAUGUCCAGCAGGCAGGGAGGGAGGAUGUCGACGCCGCGGUUGAUGCCGCACAAGCGGCAUUCCCUGCUUGGAGGGACACCCCUGUUCAUAUGAAGGCAGCUAUGUUCAAUAAGCUAGCGGGUCUGAUCAACGAGAACAAAGAGGAAUUGUGGAAUCUCGAGAGAGUAGCCAUGGGCCGAACUUUUGGGUUCGCCCAUUUUGAGGUCAUGGCCUGCGCAGGCAUUAUGGCGCAACAUGCCAACAUCGCUCUCCAUGUCCAGGGCCAAUCAAGUCUUAACACCCCCGGGAUGAUCAACUUCACCUUGCGCCAGCCAUUUGGUGUUGUGGCCGGCAUUUUGCCCUGGAAUGUGUCAUUGAUCAUGUUUGCGAUGAAGACAGCCCCUGCUCUGGCGACCGGCAACUGUGUACUGAUCAAAUCAAGCGAAAAGUCACCCCUGGGUGUCUUGAAGCUGGCAGCACUUUUCAAGGAGGCCGGUUUCCCCGCUGGUGUUUUGAAUGUGAUUACUGGCACUGGACCGUUGUCAGGAAGCCUCGUAGCCAGUCAUAUGAAAAUCCGCAAGAUCUCAUUUACCGGCUCUGUGGCGACGGGCAAGAAGAUUAUGGCCGCAUCUGCGAACUCAAAUCUGAAAAAGGUGACGUUGGAGCUGGGUGGGAAGUCUCCAGCGAUCAUCUUUGACGAUGCAGAUAUCGAAAAAGCCGCUCGAGCUGUACAUAUGUCAAUUCAUCUCAACAGUGGACAGCAUUGUCAGGCAAAUAGCAGAGUCUUUGUUCAUGCUGCCAUUGCUGAAGAAUUCACGGACCUGUUGAAGAAGUUGAUGACUACUCCCUCGAUCGGGGACCCCUGCGAUAGAUCCAUUUUCCAAGGACCGCAAGGUGACAAGAUUCAAAAAGAGAGAAUCGUUUCCAUCCUCGAGCAGGGUAAGGGAGAUGGCGAAGUGAUCUGUGGAGGCCAAGCCGCAGAUGGCAACUUCAUCGAACCGACGAUUAUUGCGAACGUACCGGAUACCUCUAUUCUAGCCACUGAAGAAAUCUUUGGCCCUGUAGUCAUCGUCAACACUUUCCAAACUGACGAGGAAGUACUCAAGCGUGCCAAUGACAGCGAGUUUGGGUUAUACAGCUCUCUUUAUACCAAGGAUGUCGAACGGGCGUUGAAAUUCGCCAAGUUCCUCGAGGCUGGUGCGGUCGGACUCAACUGCUCUGCCCCCACACAAGGCCUGGAUAUGCCUGUGUCUGGCUGGAAACAGUCUGGCAUUGGUAGCGAGAUGCAUAUGUAUGGCGUGGAGAACUACCUGCAAACGAAGGCGGUUUACAUGAAGUAUGAGGAUGUGUCGAUGCACUGA